UUUCCCUUUAAACUUUUCCUUCUCUCUACCCCAAAUUAUUUUCCUCUUUUCAUUCUCUCUUCGAUUCUUCGUUCUCACCAAAAAUCCUUUUCCAAUAUUCUUCGUUCUCACCCGAUUUUACAGGAUGAUGAUGAAGUUGAUAUUGUUGGUUGCUGUACAUUGAAAGUGGGGAAUGUAGAGUGUAUCCCUGCAAAUAAGUUAAAGUUUGACUUCCCUGGUAAAGAUUCAAUUCAACGUGUAAACACAGUCGAAGUUGAGCUUCCUGUGUACAAGGCAAUUGGGCAGUUUCAAACUGGAAAGAAGCGAAAUGAUGAUCUUUUCGACGAGCUGGAUACAGCUAAACUGAAUGCUCAUCUGAAGGAACUCAUGCCUGGCCUGACAGCAAAAGUUUUCCACACAUAUAAUGCCUUGAUCACAUUGGAUGAUAUGUUGAGUAGGAGAACUAAAGAAGGUGAUGUUGCGGAAAAGAUUGUUGUUUAUAACAAUUCAAACAAAGGGGUUGCAAUUAUUUGUAAUCAUCAGCGGAUUGUUUCCAAAACACAUGGUGCACAGAUGACAAGGUUGACCGAGAAAAUGGAAGAGCUAAAAGGUGUUCUGAAGGACCUGAAAAUUGAUUUGGACAGGGCUAGAAAAGGGAAGCCCCCAUUGAAGGAUUCUGAUGGAAAGUGAAAGAGGAACCUGGCCCCUAAAGCGAUAGAGAGGAAGAUAGCUCAAACCAAUGCGAAGAUUUAAAAAACAGAACUAGAUAUGAAGACCAAAGCGGAUUUAAAAACUGUGGCAUUGGGCACAUCCAAGAUCAAUUACCUCGACCCUAGGAUCACAGUUGCAUGGUGCAAGCGACAUGAAGUUCCUAUUUAGAAGAUAUUCAACAAGUCUCUACUAGCAAUGUU